UAGCACCAGGCAGAAACCUACUCAAGGGAAGUGUAUUCUAGGAUAUACGAUGCAGAACAACAGGUGCAUCCCAUGUCCUAUUGGAUAUACAGGAAGUACAUGUAAAGGACCUUGUCAGUAUCCAAAAUAUGGAUUCAUGUGUCAGUCAAAAUGUGACUGUAAUCCACAGCUUUGUCAUCAUAUUACGGGAUGUCCUCCUCCUCGACUGACAUGCAAAGCAGGACGCAGUGGCAAAUAUUGUGAAUUUCCAUGUCGUUAUCCAAGUUAUGGACAAGGUUGUCAGGAGAAAUGUAGUUGUCUGCAACAUCUCUGUAAUGCCGAAACGGGAUGUAAAUAUAAAGUAAAUGUAUAG